AUGGCUGCCCAAGUCAACGGCGAGGUUCAUCCAUCAUCCGCGACUUUAUCGCACAUCAGAGGAUAUCCGGUGGUCAACGACAGCAUUGCCUUCAUUAAAGGAACCCCUUAUGGCCAGAAGUCGAUAGAGCUAGGUGAUACUGCCUACAAAUCCUUCGCUAAGCCGGUGUUUCCGUACCUUUCCAAGCCGUAUCAAUAUGUUUCUCCUUAUCUUAAGAAGGCCGAUCAGAUCGGCGAGGGUGCCCUAAGCAAGAUUGACGAACGUCUUCCCGCCCUAAAGAAACCGACCGGUGAACUGUGGACUGACGGUAUCAACCUCUUCUUCUUCCCCGUCCGCAAAGGACUGGAAACCAAGGACCAUGUCUUCGACAUCUAUAGCUCCGAGUAUAAGAAGGUUGGAGGUGACGGCUUAGUAACAUCUAGCAAGGCACUCGUCUCAGCUGGCCUCGUCGUUACAAGCGAAGCGCUCACCUGGAUUGGUGACCUGCUCCGAGCCGGCAAGGUUCAGGCCAAGGAAACAGGCAAUGAAAUAGCUCGCCAAGCAAACCACUGA